AUGAGACGCUUCAGGCGCAAGUCCCUCGUAACGUGCAGGCACGAGCCACUGGGCGCCGAGUCAAGUGGGACUUGCCACAAGGCCGCGUCUCCCCCGCCGCCGCUGCUGCAACUCGCGCACUCUGUCGAGCGGCUGGAGCGAAAACCACCUGUCACAUUGGCCCUUCUUGGCGUCAUGUAUCUGUUGCACGUCGUCGGCACACAAACACCGUCGCAGCUACUUCCUUUCGCGCUGUGUCCUGGAAAAGUCGUGGCGAACAAAAGCAUUGGCGCAGUCUUUGUUGCACCUUUCAUCCACGUCGAGGAGCUACAUCUGUACCAGAGCUUAGCGUCGUUUCUUUGGAAAGGGUAUCAGCUCGAGGGACGGCUUGGGAGCAUUGGCUUCUGUGUGCUUUUGGUGUACCUGAUCGUCGUAUCGCAAGCACUCAUUGUAGUUGGCGCGCAUCUGAUAUCACGGGGAGCAGUGUACGAAUGCUCCACGGGGCUCUCCGGUGUGUUGAUAGCGAUGAAGGCGAUUUUGACCGUCGACUCGCCAACGUUCACGGAACUGCACAGCUUCAUGGUGCCUACAAAAUACGGUGCAUGGCUGGAACUGCUUUUCACGUACUUCUUCGUGCCCAAGUUGCCAUUAUUGGCCCAAGCUGCUGGACUCACUUCAGGGUACAUAUACACAAUGACCCCAGGUGCAGACGCGCUAAUUGCUAGUGCAUCACGCACGAUUUGGCAUGUGCUGGUUCGCAUAGGGGUCGUCAAGCGACCACUUCGGUGGUGGCAAGUAUGGCCGAGACUCAUGAACACGAUCCGACUACGGAAGCAGCAGCGAACAGCACGAAAAAAGAGUAGCAUGGCUACAGAAGUGGUCGCAAAAGCACUUGUACUGUUACGCUGGAGCAGUGCUUGA